AUGGUGAUGCCGACCAGUUACUUGCCUGAAGAUUUGCUCAUAGACAUUCUCUUGAGGCUACCUGUGAAGCCCCUCGUUCGAUUCAGAUUGGUAAGAGCUGAAAGGCAUACGAUGAUGUUGAUAUCGGGCAAAGCACUCGAUGUGGCGGUCAACAUAGAAACUCCUGAAAUAGGAGAUGAGCUGGUGGGUUCUUGUAAUGGUUUAGUCUGUUUAUAUAAUCGCAAGAGGAAUAUUACGUUAUGGAAUCCUGCUACUAGAGAACACAAGAUUCUGCCUACACUUGGCAUCGAUCCGGACUCCCCCAACACGUUGAGGUGGAACUGCGUAGGAUUUGGUUACCAUCUUGAAGAUUACAAGGUGGUGAGGAUUUUGUAUUCCCGGGAUGAACCUCCAAAUCGUGCCCAAGUUGAGGUGUACUCGAUGAGUACAGGUUCUUGGAGAGUAGUCGAUGCCAUUGUGCCCUGUUCAAUCAGGCCGUAUUAUAUGUGUUCUGUAAUCCUGAAAGGAAUGCCAUAUUGGCUGGGCCUUGAACUUUUUAGGGAAAAAACAAGUGUUGAAAUUAAGGAGUUUAUGGUAUGUUUUGACAUAGGGAAUGAGGUGUUUUGGCAGGUGCAUGUCCCAGAUGCUGAAGGUUCUUACCGCAAGGAGCUCGGAGUACUCCAUGAAUCCCUGGCUAUAAUCUACUAUCCUUGGCGUGAACAAACCAGCAAUUUCGUUGAAAUUUGGGUGAUGAAAGAUGAUGAUUGUUGGAUCAAAGUAGAGCGGAUUGGACCCUUUUCAAGUAUUGGGAUCCCGCUGGGGUGUUGGAAAGCUGGGGUGGUCGUAUGGCAGAAUGGUAACAAUGAGUUGUUAGUGUAUGACCCUAAUAUCAAAGCAGUAAACAAACUUUUCAUAUAUGGGGUGGUUUCCAAUUUUUUUUCUGCGAGAGUUUCUACUUACAUGGAGAGCCUAGUUGCUCUCAAUGAAACUAGGAGCAACGUACGCCGAUUCACAGCUUACGUAGUAGACGUCGUCGCAGCUAGCCAUGGUGAAGCGGACCUGCAUUUACUUGCCCGAAGAUUUUCACAGAGACAUUAUGUUGAGGCUGCCGAUGAAUUCCCUCGUUUGAUUCAGAUUGGCAAUGCACUCGAUGUGGCGGUCAAGAUUGAAACUCCAGAAAAAGGAAUGGUGAUGGGUUCUUGUAAUGGUUUAAUCUGUUUAUAUAAUGGCAAGAGGAAUAUUACGUUAUGGAAUCCUGCUACUAGAGAACACAAAAUUCUGCCUACACUUGGCAUCGACCCCGGCUCCCUGAACACGUUGAGGUUCUACAGCGUAGGAUUUGGUUACCAUCUUAAUGAUUACAAGGUGGUGAGAAUUUUGUAUUCGUGCAAUGAACCUCGAGAUCAUCGUAUGCGUGCCCAAGUUAAGGUGUACUCGACGAGUACGGGUUGUUGGAGAGUAUUCGAUGCCAUUGUGCCCUGUUCUAUCCUCGACCAUAACUGUUCGGUAAUCUUGAAAGGAGUGCCAUAUUGGAUGGGUCAGGACUACAAUAGUAUUCGUUAUAGAGAAAGUGUGGUAUAUUUUGACUUGGGCAAGGAGGUGUUUCAGCAGGUGCACACGCCGGACGGUUCUUAUUGUAAUUACGGGAAGAAGCUCGGGGUAUUGAAUGAAUCCCUGGCUAUAAUCUGCUAUCAUUGCAGUGGACAAGUGAGUAAUUUCGUUGACAUUUGGGUGAUGGGAUCCGGCUUACAUUUGGGUGAUGAUGAAAGAUGA